AUGGAUCUUCAAGCAGGGUCUAGCGUCCCGGGUGACGCCGGGUAUCAAAAAAUGGAGGCGAUAUCGCAAGAUAUACAACUCCUUCCGGAAGCGACCCUCAAAGAAAUUAGCAAAGGAUUGUUGGUAAACUAUAUUCUGUCAUGUGAAGAUAUCGACAAAGUGAACCGAGUAUGGCAGAGCCUAUUGAAGACGUUUUCGACGGCUUCAACAUCUAACACCCAUACCACGGCUUCAUGCAAUACGUUAAGCGCGUUUCUUGACGCCGCGCUUACUUCAAAAUGUGAAGGAACAAGAAAAUUGGCUUGUUCCAACGAGACUUGGUCUGCUGUUUUUGAAGUUUACAUGGCUCGCUAUAAAGAUUCAAAUCCAAAGGGGAUGAGGCAAAUCCUGGAGUGUCUGGUCAGCCUCUUUAAUAAAAACCCUCAAGAAACUGACAAAGAUGUUAUCCGAUCCAAGAUUACUGAGACAACCGUCCCUAGCAUUAUCCUGGGCGAGCCUCGCUCGCGACUUAAGGCGUCUUUCGUUUCUUUGGAGACUCUACUACGGAAGGGCUCAAUCUCUCCCAUUGAGCUUAUCUCAAUGGUGGAGAGUUGGCUUCUGGAUAAUCGUGAAAGAUGGAUAUCCCUCCUUCAGGAGGAUUGCAAAGCUUUGUCUAUAGAUAUCACUCGCUUCCUGGGAAGUGCCCCAAGCCCGGAGUCGAAACAAAUUGUGGCUGAGAUCCUUCUUUUGAGAUUAUUAACCCAAGCAAAAACUGCAGAGCUUGCUGCAUCAUCAGGGGAUUUAAUGGCUGCAUUCUUCCAAAAAGUGAAAAGUUCUGGCACGUCCGAGCCGUCAUCUCAAGAGAUCUCUCAGAACUUAUCGUCGAUUUGGGUGACUCCAGUUAAGCACCUUGCGCUGCAGAACCUGGGCAAUCUAGAGCUGAUGUCUAAUUACACCCUCCAACCUUUGUUUAAACUUGAUCCCAUAGGCUUUAGAGCAUUUUUAGACAAGCUACACUUGAAGAACUUGCUCGCAGGCGAUAUGAGUGAAGCGCCUUUACCCGAGCUGACGCUUCUUUUCGCAUCGCUGCAGAUGGCAAAGAAGGUUGGCCUAGUCCAUGAGGAGAUGUUAAUCUUACUUACCAUGCUUCUAGACUACAUUCCCAAACCGGGGUCUUCAACCAAUGACGCCCAGAAUGCGCUAGUUCUUAAGAGUGAAAUGAUUGGCCAGUUCUUAUUCCAUAGAGAACAUAGUAUUAGGAUGGCAGCGCUUUCACUUCUGAUCACGGCACCUGCGACAACAAAGCCCGUUUCGUCAGCCACGAUAAGAGCUAUAUUGAAAGGCCUGCCAUCCAUGCACUCUGAAUCUGCAGACCCAUAUGCUAGAGGAGAAAUCCUGAGUUUGAUACGCAAACUGAUUCCUCGCCUCAAAGGAGGUAUCCUGAGCGAGCAUGAAAGCUUGGCGGAGACAAACGUCUCACAUAGCAGAAAGCACCCGCCAAAGUUUGCCCGUGAUGAUUCUGAAACACAAAAGUGCUUGAGAGAAUACUUGGAGCUACUGAAAGAUGAUCUGCGACCCACAGCCUCUUACCCGCGCCAUAUCAUGGCAUUGAAAACAUUGAUUCAUCUACUUGAGUCUGGCCUCGACGCCCGGUACGCUGGUCAUAUUGCUGCCAAACAGGCAGGAAAUGUGACAAAGUGGCGACUCAACAUGGAUAUUUUUGAGCCGAGCCUGCUCAGAUUGCUGGUAGACCUUUUACUGGAUCCAUAUGAGGAAGUGCGGGCUACAUCCCUCACUUUGCUUAAUUUGUUUCCUCAAGACGUCUUGUUAAGUGGCUAUGUGCAUUCUGGAAGCAACAGGAAGCAUGAGAAGCCGCAGCUCGUGGACGCCUUGAAUAGAGCGGAGCAAUUAGCAAGUAACACUAGUAGAGCUGACCACGCCGACACUGUCGCUCGCUUGUAUCACAUCUUCUUUACAGCAGCAGACGACAAUAGCUCGAGGGUGGCGGAUAGUUGGUGGGAAACAAAACAAGGAGUUGUCGAUACUCUCCUGAAGAAACUGGAAGAAAAACUAUCCCUUGCAGGUGGUCUCUUCAACUCUUCCAUGCGUGAUGCGCCUCUACACGGUUACGUAUCUGCUCUUAGAUAUAUUGUCCUGACUCCUGACUUUCAUGUCUUGAUCUCGAACGCACAGACAGGUUACGAGGCCUGGCGAGCUGUACACUCGAGGAUAGUGGCUGUUUGUGACAAGAUUUGGGUUGAAGUGAAACCUGUGCUCUGCAUUGAUUCUCCGGAAGGCCAUACCGAUGAACCCAUUGACGAUCUAGCCGUUGGCCCCAAGGAUAUCCUUUCAUAUUCUUGGCGAGCACUUCGGGAGUCGAGUCUUCUGCUUUAUGCAACACUCUCCAAUAGGACGUACGGCCCGAAAGGAGAAUUAGGUUUGACGAAGGGUGACUUUGAGACAAUAGGAGUCGCAAGUUUCACUCAGCUGGCCGAGCUUCGCCAUAGAGGUGCAUUCUCGACGGUGUCUCAAACAUUUGCCACCUGUUGUUUGCGUUGUGGACAGUCGAGUGAUCCUGAGAUUGCAAGCCUACCUCAUAAAUGGUAUCAAGAAGCUAGAAAGAUUAUCUUCGAGACAGCAUCAAAGCUUACGCGUCGUUCCGCUGGGCUUCCUGCACUGGCCACUGGAAUUCUUUCAUCUAACCCAGGAGGGCCGCUCUUCCAAGAGGUCAUCAAAGAGCUUCUCGAGAUAUCUCACCUCCCAGUACAACAGGAUGACGAUAACCAGGAGAUGGAGUUACCUCAAGUCCAUGCUCUGAACUGCCUGAAGGAAAUCUUCACCAAUACCAAGGUUGCCGCUCAUACAGAGCCGUUUAUUAUGCCCGCUUUGAACCUGUCAGCUGAGCAGCUAGGGUCGCCAGUUUGGAACCUAAGAAAUUCUGGAUUGAUGCUCUUCCGAGCUUUACUAACGCGCAUGUGUCGCAGGGGUACUGGCUUAGGGUUCGGCGGUAGCUCCGGAUCGGAACCCGGGGGUAGAAUUUCUUUCCAGAAAUAUCCGGGUCUUAUUCAGCUGCUAUCUGACCUUCUGUCGUCUUCGAAUGCGAGAAAUAACGCAGAACAAGGGGACCAUGCAAUGGUCACUGAGCGAGUCUUCCCAGCUUUGGAACUCAUUGCGGAGAAAGUCCCGAAUGUUUAUGAUACAGACGACGCGAUGUUGCUAGGACUAGUCCGGGAGCAGCUCAAGAGUCCGGUGUGGGGCAUCAGAGAACACGCAGCUCGUGUUUAUGCAUCUUUAUUGAAUCGCCCUGAUAUUCUGAAAGAUAUCCAAACGCUACUUGAUAUUGAUCGGGAUUCGAAGUCUCAGGACUAUCUCCAUGGAAAGGCACUGUCUAUCAAGUAUGCUCUGCGCAGGUUCGGUGCUGCGUCGCUCUCAUUUUGGAGUGAACAUAUCAACGAAGUAUCUGCGGCCUUGCGACAGAUCUUUGCAACAUUGUUCCCAAUUGCCGAAUCUCCAUUCGUUGCUAACACCUUGUUGGAGAUCCUGGGUGAAUCGGUGGAGAAGAGCUUCGAGUCAGGCACGGAAGAAAAAAUGUUGAUGACUAUCUGCUACACAUACGACUCGUAUGGAUUCCAAGAUAUCCUAGAGUAUCUUUUUGAUUCUUCGAACCCGAAUUACAAUUCAUUGAGCACAACUCGCGCUUCUUCAAUGCUCCGGAGAUCUCUUUCGUGGGUUGGAGUAUUGCAAAUGUUUGUGACCGGUGAAUUGGAUGAGCUGGCGCCAUUCGUCAAGACCGUUUCGAGUUUCGAUCCCAAUGCUAGUGUAUGGCUGCUGCAGCGGAUCCAGGGCACAAUUGGAGCCAACGAAAAAUACCGAAAGACCUUGCUACAACUGUACCCUUCUAUCAUCCUCGGCGAAUACCCCGAAGAUGUGAAGGGCUCGGCCAUCUCGUCCCUGGCAUCUAUCUUGGAAGAUCUACUUGACUUCCACCAUGAUAAAUUCAAGGACGUGGACUUACCAUGGGAGGAAUUAGACCAACAUAUCAACUCCACCCCGAACGACGAGGUACGGAACAGAGACCGAUCCGACGCUGAGAUCCGCCUCCAAGGAUGUCUUCUGGCAGCCAAGGCUAUUUCCAAACAGGGUCAGAUCUCCGAGACGGACAUUCGCAGAUGGGCCACGAAGCUCCGAUUCGCCAUGGAAGAAGAAACAGAAUUUACCACUCGAGAUGCUGCAGUGACCUCACUCACAGCAUUUGCACGUGUGUUGCGGAGCAAAGGCAAAGCCCCGCUUGUGGAUAAGGUGUACUUGGAGAUCUACCUUAUCUUAUAUGACAUGCUGAGCGACGAUGACGAAGAGCUGCGUGAUAUGGCUGCCGGAACAACCUCCUGGGUUCUGUCCUAUUCCUCCGUGGCCCCCUCCAAGGCCGUUGCCUUGUCUCCCUUGAACGCUGGCCAGCUCCUUGCCGACUUCAUGGUCGAUAACUACCCCGAGUCUCAACUCCUGUCCACCAAAGCAAUCCACUAUAUCACCGGACAGGAACCGAAACUCAGCGGCUCUGUCGAAUCCACAAAGCUUGCCACGGUAGAGGCACAGCUUGCCGAACUGAGGAAGGAGAGCACGACCUUGUUCGAAGAAGAGAGGCAAAACCUGUUCGUCGAGGAAAUCCGCGAAGUCGAUAUCUGGUCCCGUAGACUUCUGGGACUGAGAGAAGCUGCCUUCAACGAGCGUGUAGUCAAGGAGACCUCGAAAUGGGUCUCUGACGGCCUAUCAUACGUGGUCGAUAUCAUGGCGAACGAGUCCGGAAAGGACGGACUAAUCGGCUGGGCUUCGAAGCCUGAAACGUUCACCCUGGGUGUGAGGCUGAUUAGCCUCGCGGCCGUGCUGGUGUCAGAGGAGUUUACAGCUUCUGGGUACCUAUAUGAAGACCGGAGUGCUCUCAAGGAGAAGCUGCAGAGACUUCUUGGCAAUGGGGAAAAGGCAUUGCUGCAUGAUAACUGGGUUGUGAGAGUUCAGGAUGCAUUGGGUAUUAAGGGUUAG